AUGUUCAAGCCCAGUACACGACAUAAUAUCCCCGCAGGUUCAUCUUCCGCUGCUCUAGAGGUUAAACUCAACAAAAGGCAUUCCGCCAUCGGGGAGCAAGAGCAAAGCUCGCGGUACAGGCAUCGACUUAACUUGCGAGUACUCAUGACACUGCUUUCUCCUUUACUGAUACCCAGUUAUUCGAAACCUCCUUCAUUGGACAUAACGAUAGAUGAAUUUGAAUCAUUUGCUAUUGCUCGUUUACGCGUUUUGUCAUAUAUCGAAUCUCUCUCUCAUCGGUCAUUACCAUAUCAACAAUUCUCCUCUACCGUCGCUACGUAUCUAAAGCAACAUUUACCUCUUGCAAGUAAUACAGCUCGGAAUGUCGAUUUGGAGGCUGAGAGACGGAAAGACGAGAUUGGACAUUGGGUUUUACGACUGGCUUUUUGUCGAAGUCCGGACUUACGUGCUCGGUUCGUUCGAUCAGAGGUCGCAUUGUUCAAACAUCGUUUCGAGACUGAUGAUUUUGUCGAAAGAGCUGAUUUCCUUCGUUCUUUGAAAUUCGACUGGGAAUUGGUGGACGAGACUGAGAAAAUGUCUUUGGCUUCUCAAUUACGGACUUGUCUGGGUCAAGGGAAAGAAGACACUUUCAAAGUUGAGAGUUGGUUCAAAGUACCUUGGUGGACAGUACCGGAUCUGGUGGGAAGUAGGAGGGUGUUUAUAAAAGGUGGAAUGGCGUAUGUUCCACAGAGUUUACAAUUGUCUUUAGUACUACAAGCGUUUGCCAUGCGUCUGGAACGAGCGUUAGAGAUCACAGCGAAAAACCUUCCUAGAUUAGACGAAGAUGAACGACUAGGUCCCGUCAUUGAACAUCUAGCAGCAAGCUUUUUAUCCGGUAUCGGUACAAGCGAUUUCCAACCAUCAGAAAAUAACGCCGCAGUCACUGCUGAGAUGGUUGAUGAUGUCGCACGUAAACAUUUCCCACCAUGUAUGCGAAAUCUUUACGAUCGUUUGAAAAGAGAUUCACAUUUGAAACAUUUCGGAAGGUUACAACUAGGUUUAUUUUUGAAGGGGAUUGGACUUCCUUUAGAUGAAGCUAUUGUAUUUUGGAGAAAAAUGUACGGAUCAACAAUGUCGGAUGAUAAAUUUAAUAAAGAGUAUAAAUAUAAUAUAAGACAUGGUUAUGGACAAGAAGGAAAACGUACUAAUUAUCCUCCUAGAAGUUGUCAACAAAUCUUAACUCAAAAUCAACCCGGUACUCAAGACACACACGGUUGUCCAUUCCGACAUUUCUCACCUGAAACACUUUCUUCUUUCUUAUUAUCAACCUACCCAACGCUCGACAAAUCUUCAAACGAUUUUAAAGAAAUUAUGGAUUCUGUGAAAAAUAGUCAUUAUCAUUUAUCAUGUACAAGAGUGUUUGAAUUGACUCAUGGGAUUAAGAAAGGUGAAGGUUUAGGUAAUGGUGAAAGUGUUACACAUCCUAAUAAAUGGACGGAAAGGAGUAGAGAUUUAGAAAAGUGA